AUGGCUGCAUGGCAGAAUCCCUUCUCUUUCUCUCGUACACGCAGAGGCGCAUGGAGGCGCCUCGACUCCGAGAAACAUUUUGACUCCGAGAAAUGCCCCGACUCCAAGGGACGUUACUGCGCAAUUCGCAAUCUUUGCGACGGCCUGCUGGCAUGUCAUGUCUUCAUUCAAGUUGCUAUCUUCAUCAUUGCUUUGUGGUUUGCGAUCUAUGUUCGCACCAGGGGCCCCAUCAGCCUGCCCAGUGGUGUUGCAGAAGCUGCAAUAAAUAACCCACGCAUAGCGUACUACGUGGUAACACUUGUUGCGACAGUUAUGUCUUUCCUGAACACAGCUCUUCUCAGUCGUGUACUUCAAAAAGCACUGAUAGCACGAAUGUCUCGACCCCUGUCAUUGCAAACUUUGCGAGGAAGUCUUUCCUUAAUGACAAGACAAACACUCCUCGGUGUACGUGGGCUCAAGAUCUUCUGGGCCCUAAUAAAAUCCCUAGCAUGCAUGAGCAAUGGGGAGAAUAUCGGACCCAGCGACAGGCUGUACUGGAGGUGGCUGAAAUAUACAUUGAUGUACGCCAUAUUAUGCGGACCGCUCACGCCAAGUUGGGUUAGUUUUUUGACCCCGACGCCUGUGGAUCUCCAGUUUGAUUUCACGGGUACACAAAUGGACUACUCCGCUGCUGCCGCACAACUUCAAGCUAGUUGGAAUGGGUAUGUUGCUCCAUAUCCUAGCGAGAGUUCACCACUUGUUACCUACAUGAACGCAACAAGAGGCCUGCAGGGUUACGGUCUUCAGAAGGUGUCUCAGUAUACUCAAGCCGGAACUGCGGCAGUCGUGACUAAGUUUGGCUCACCGUACUACAUCCCCUUGCCGGAUGCAUUGUAUAAUGGUUCAACAGCAGACACCAUCGAUAUCCUGGCAAUGGUUGAUCUGAAUGAUUCGGCUCUGGGCGACGGUGUCUUAAUUGGCUCAAUCUGCAAAUACCAGGACUUCGAGAAGGCGACAAACCAGUCUUUCCUUGUUCUUAUGCAAGGCUUUGACCCUUCGUACUCCUUCAUCACACCCACGAUUUGUGAAGUUUCUCCUCGUAUUACAUCCGUUAAGAUCGACUUUGAUGGGACUACCGUGAACAUCAACGAAACCACGAAUUAUGAGCCGUUGGACCCAGAAGGCCAACAAGCCGUCUUUAUAGACCAAAUUUCAGACCUCAUCUGGUUGAUGACGUUUGAUACGCAGAGUAUUUCUGGAAAUUCCAUGGCAGCUGGUAUUCAAAUGGCCACUUAUGCUUAUGACGGUUUUCCUAUACCGGACAGUGCUUUAUUGAACUUCACGUUGGAAAACUACCUGAGAGGGGCCAUCGAAUUACUUGGAACGGCAAGUUUCCACUUUUGUCGUUCAACAGUCGACUACAUGUUUGAUUAUCAGUCCUGGCAACUUAAUCUCCAGCAGAUGAGCAACACCACCAUGAUGCAGUACACUGGAAUAGUUCACGUACAGUCAAUGGGAUACGAAUACAAACGGACGACGUACCUUUUCCUCCUUGUGCCUCUGGCGGUCGUGGUGAUUCUCACCUGCGCUGCUGCGGUCUACAAACCUGCGGCAGAGCCGAAAAAGCCUGGAGAUGUGUCUCUCGACUUUAGCGAGAGCAUAGAUAAGGCGAUGGACCGACCCUGCAACGUGCUUUGCAGACUCGGAGAACUUUGA